UGGCACUAACUGUUACUACAACCAAAAGCACCAAUCAAUUUGCAAGGCGCUUGAUUCAAGAGAAAGCCCGCGUCACUAAGGACUGUUGUGGCUGAGAGAAAAUCGUGUUUAUGAAUGUAUCGUCUCUUUAAAAUAUUAAUGUUAAUAGUAAAUGGAUAAUGACUGAAAUUGAAGCUUAUUUGUAUAAUUCGAUAUAAUGGCAUGGGCAGUUGUGUUUGUUAAAUAGCUAGUUAUUAUAACACACAUAUAUUUUAAAGACAGUAAACAUUUAAUUACCAUCACCACCGACUUAAUGCACUCCUUUAGGGAGCUGUUUGUUUCGCAACGUAUGCUCUCUUCAAAUAACUGAACCGAUAAUGACUGAAUUUGAAAUAAGUUUUUAAAAGGGCCCUGGGCAGUUAUUAAUUAUAAUACCGACAUACUUUAGAGAGAGGAAGUAUUUACGUCUGUUGAUGCUGUCUUGUUUGUUGUGUAGUUUCCAUUUAAGUUAAUCAACAGUUAAGUUCACAGAGAAAAUAAAUUAUGGCUAUUUGGCCCCUCAUAUCAUGAACAAUAUCUGACAGGUAAAACAUCCUGCCUGUCAUAUCCAGCAUCAUGGAAGCCAGUUUAAUUAGCAAUGUUGAUACUAAUGAAGAACCAUUGCUAAGUAGCAGCAUUGAUGAAGUGAAUAAUAAACCAUCAUUCACUGCUAAGUCUUUCUAUGGGAACAGCUGCACAACACCAAAGCCCAGGGUUAAGUUACCAUUUUACCUCCGCUACUCUCUUGGUGAAAGCAACUUAGGGAAUCACAGUGAAACAUCUCACUUGGCAGAUGUGGAGACAGGUUUACAUUCAGUUCCUGAAGGUCACUGGGAGGUUGAUACAGUAACUCCUCCGCAUUCUUCUGCUGCAUCAACUUCUUGUCAUCCCGAAGGUUCAAGACUUGCAUCUGGAGUUCAACAUCGACGCCGACCAUGCUAUUACAUUGAACCAAGUAAACGAUUAAAAUUCAUCCAUUCAGCACAACAAGAGUCAUCAACCAAAGUUGUAAGUGAAGACAUCAUAAGGAGUAUAGGAGUAGAGAACAUUAGUGUUGUAAUGCCACGCACUCCGAGUAUUGUCACAGAUAGCCCUACCACUGCAGAUAACAGUGGUGGCUGUGGCAGUGAGCGCAAGUUCUUUAAGAAUCGUCCGUCCUCAGUUAUCACUUCUCAGUCCCCGAUGUUGACAAAACUUGGUGGAGCUGGUAGCACCACUGUUGUUUGUCGAGGAUUCAGCUUGAAUUUUGUACCUCGUCGACUCAGUGCUAGUUUUGAGAAAAGGGGGAGGCGGAAAGAGAGGAAGUCACGUAAUCUUCGUCGUCCACAACGGAAAAAAAGCAACAGCAAUGGCUGUGUCAAGGAUGAGAAACCACUACCACCACUUUCAAAUAUAUUUCCCGAACUUGAUCUUCAGCCUCUUUCUUCUCCUGUAACUGUUGCACCCCUUCCCACAAACACCUGUGAUCACCUCAUAAAUCCUCAACAACAACAUGACGACCAAUUAUCUAUGGCUGAAGAUGAUUAUACUUAUUCCAAUUCUUGCGGUGGUUCUAGUUCUUCCUUGGUUCUCUUUUCAUCUGACUCUAACAGCUCAGAAAGCUCAAUCCCCCCAGAAAAGCCUCGCCUAUUUCCAAUCUUUUCCAACAGAAGGAACAUGCUACGUCAAGCUUCUUUAAAGGCUGCUUCUGAGAGUAGCAUUCUGUUGCCGAAAUUCAUUAAAGACAGUGCUGAUGCUAAACAGUUGACUUUGGAUGCCGGACAGAAAAGGUUUGGUGCCGUACAGUGUCCUCAAUGCAGCAUGUUUUAUACAAGAGCUGACCCUAUUGAUGAAACAACACAUGCCAAAUUCCACUACUCACUGUUGACCACUCUCAAGUUUACGGGUUGGAAGAAAGAAAGAGUUGUCCAAGAAUAUUCUGAAACAGGAUGUCGCAUCAUACUUGUUCUCCCCGAUGACCCAAAAUAUGUUAUCCGCAAGGUGGAAGACCUCAAUGAAGUAAUGGGCCAAGAACUUGGGUUUCCUGAUAGCACUUUAUCAUUCCAAUGUAACUACAAGAUCUUCCUGUAUAUCUCUGAUGAGAAAAGAAUUGAUGGUUGUUGUAUUGCUGAAGCAAUUAAAGAGGGUUUCCGAGUUGUACCAAAUAGUCCCAACGAGCAGAGUCAAACCCAGAUGAAGCAGGGGCGUCGACCCUGUUGCUGCCGCACUGAGCCAGAAGCCUGUCCCAUUGGAAUCAGUAAAAUCUGGGUGUAUGGUCCAAGCCGACGGACUGGUAUUGCUAGUAAACUGCUUGACUGUGUACGACACUGGUUCCAAUAUGGCGUGCCUGUGCCAAGAAACCAGCUGGCUUUCUCUGAUCCAACUCCUGAGGGGAUGUUGUUAGCCACCAAAUAUACAGGAUCAAUGUCAUUCCUUGUCUAUAAAUGCAAAACUAAUUAAAAUCAACAAUAAACUGCUACGUUGGAGCUAGGUGUUUUGGACCAUUUCUGCAGCACAUGGGGUUGCUGCAAAUGCUUCUACCAACUGAAUACAGAAUCUGUCUUUGUAGCAUGUAUAUACUACUACUGCCACCACCGUUCUCUACAUGAAGACCUAAGUGGUCAUGGUAUUUACUUGUAUCCUGAGUUUGUUGCUGCCGUAUCAUCACCUCCUCCCCACCAAAUGGUUGUGGACCUGUGCACUCACUGGUUUAUUACAAUCACCACCAACUGGGCAUGAACUGACUUUUCAAUCUUUGUUGUAGGACCACAGUUACAGCUUCAAGUUCCUUUCUUUUUUUCUCCUGGUUGUAAAAUAAAUUUUUUCUUCAAUC